AAACACUUUGGAAGAAUAGACUGCUGGAGGCUCUGAGGUGUUUCUCAGGCUUUCCUGGUUUAGGAGCCUGAGCAGAGCUGUCAGAAACGCAGUCAACAUGUCCCUGUCCUCUUCUCCCUACCACAUCGGAACUCUGAUACCCACGGGACCUUUAUACUGGAGUAGCACAUGUCCACCAUGACCUAUGCCUGAGUCAAAGAACAAUAACGUCUGAGUCAGAGGAAUCAGUGACUUUGUUGAAGGACUGAAGGAAUGGCCCAUGCUGUCACCACGGGCAAAUGGGGCUCUGUUCCAUCAAGUCACCUGAUCAAUUAGAGCUUCAGGAAAUGGGCCAGUGAGAGGGCUCAGUAGGAAAUCAGAGCCACAUGAUCAGAAUCCAGCAUCAACCUGAAGACCUCACUCAGCACUGGACCGGACGCAGGCGUGAACAGACUGGCAUGGUGCCUCUUGGGCUUAGUGCCCACACGCUAAGACCUAUGUGAAGGACCCAAGAAAGGCAGGAGGUUGCAUGAAGUCUGAAACAGAUGAUAAAGGAAAAGGCAUUGUUCUUUGUGGACAUGGGGGAGCUUGUAUAUUAAUGUCUGAAACUGGGAUCCCAGGAAAAGCUGAGCUAGAGGAAGAACCUGAGGUGGUGAGAAUCGACGCACUGGGAUCCAAAGCCCAUAAUUACGAAUUUCAUUUUUUUUUUUCUCUUUCGCCUUGAAACUAUGAUGAAGACUCUUGCUACACAAAAACCUAUGUGGCUCCCAGGAUAUUAUAUAAGCCCUUGGCAGGAGGGGAGAUAGUCCGGUCUGUGCGCUUCAGCCGCCGCAGUAGCCACCGCGCAGCAGCGCGAGCCGCUCAGGUUGAUUUAGAACGAGGGUGACAGUGGCCUGGCGCGAGCCUCCGGCUGACGACAGCGGCUGAUCCCUCUCGGUUUCCAUGGAGACAGGCUGGAGCCGCGGCGGCGGCGGCGCGGCUGUCAGCGAGCGCGGCGGCGCGCGCGCGGGGGUCUGCAGGAGGCAGGAGCAGGCCGGGGCCCUCGCUGCAGACAUGGACUCGCAUUGUGAGUGCGCCGCGGAGACGCCCGCCGCAGAGCCGCCGUCGGGGAAGAUCAAUAAGGCUGCGUUCAAGUUAUUCAAGAAGAGGAAAUCGGGGGGCACCAUGCCUAGCAUUUUUGGGGUCAAAAACAAAGGGGAUGGGAAGAGCUCGGGGCCGGCGGGGAUGGUGAGAAGCAGGACCCACGACGGACUAGCCGAGGUGCUGGUGCUAGAGGGCAGCAAGAAGGAGGAGCCGCCGGGCGGGAGCGAUCACAGCGGGGCCCGGCCGAUCCCCGGACCCCCCAAAGCCUCCGGGCCUGGCCUGGGCUCCCUGGCCAGUAGCUCGGUGGCCAAGUCCCACAGCUUCUUCUCCCUGCUGAAAAAGAACGGGCGAUCAGAGACCGGCAAGGGAGACCAAGCCGAGGCAAGCAAGGCUGGCGGCAAACAAAAGAGGGGGUUGAAAGGGAUCUUCAGCAGCAUGCGCUGGCACCGGAGGGACAAGCGCGGCAAGGAGGAGGAGGAGAAGGCGGCGCGCGCGGCGGGCCCGGGCAGCCUGGUCCUGCCCGGCUCGCUCACCGCCAGCCUGGAGUGCGUCAAGGAGGAGCCGCCCCGAGCCGCGCGCCGUCCGGACAGCCCGGGCCAGGACGCCCCGCGACAAGCAGCAGGUGAGCCCGCAGGGGGAGAGCAGGCGCCCGCGUCCGCCGAGCGCGCCCCGGAGCGGACCUGCCUCGAGGCCGCGAGCCCCACCGGCCCUGGCGAUCAAAGCUCCCGGGGAGAGGACGCCGAGGGGCAUCGGCGCGCGGAGAAGCCCGGGGCAGCCCUCGAGUCGGGAGCCGGUGAGGUCCAGGCGGCCGAGGAUGCGUCCAGGACAGGUGACGUUCCGAUAAAGACCGUCCCCCUUGUCGACUCCGAAGGUGGCAGCGGCCGGGCGUCUGCUGUCCCUGACCCUUCCUCUGUUGAUCCACCCUCAGACCCGUCGGCAGAUCGUAUUUGUUUGAUGUUUUCUGACGUGACUUCACUGAAAAGCUUUGACUCUCUUACAGGCUGUGGAGAUAUUAUUGCAGACCCAGAAGAAGAGGCAGGCCCCAGCUGUGACAAGCAUGCCCCCGGGCCAGGCAAGCCAGUUCUCUCUAAAAAGAACCCCAGCGUGGUGGCCUACCAAGGAGGAGGGGAGGAGAUGGCCAGCCCGGAUGAGGUGGACGACACCUAUCUCCCGGAAUUCUGGGACAUGUUGUCCCAGACGGAGGACCAAGGGCAAGGAACCCAAGAGGGCGCAGCGAAGGCAGCCACUGCUUCGGACACCAAGUUGCCCCCUGAGACCUCCAAUGAUGCUCGGUGUGGGGAAGCAGCCAAGGAUGUGUCCUCGGUCAAGCGUAGGAGGCUCCACAGGAUUCCCAAUGAGUCCCAGCAGAAGGAGGAGCCCAAACAUCCGGAGAAGGAGCAUCAAGAAGGUGUCCCUAACAGUGAUGAGGGCUACUGGGACUCCACCACUCCUGGCCCAGAAGAAGAGAGCAUCAACAACAGCAGCAGCAGCAAGAAGGUGGUCGUCCCCAGGGAUAGCAACAGUGGUGAUGCCCUCUGCGAUCUCUACGUUGAACCUGAAACAAGCCCAGCCACUCUUCCAGCCACAGAGGACCCACCCUGCUUGUCCCGGCUAAAGCCAGUGUCUCCAGGCACCAUUACGUGUCCUCUGAGAACACCAGGCAGCUUGCUGAAGGACUCUAAAAUCCCUAUUAGCAUCAAACAUCUCUCCAACCUUCCAUCCAGCCACCCGGUGGUGCACCAGCAACCAGCCAGGAGUGAGGUGCCCAGAACAAAAAUCCCUGUUUCCAAAGUGCUGGUCCGCAGGGUCAGCAACCGGGGCUUGGCUGGGACCACCAUCAGGGCAGCAGCAUGCCAUGACAGUGCCAAAAAGUUGUGAAGUCCCCAAGGCCAAGGAGGAUGGAUGGGCCGUAUGUUAAGGAAUACAACUUUCCCCUGGAAACCCCUGAAGGAAGUUCGCUUUCUCCAAAGCAAAUCAUUUAGGACCCACCCUUCUCCAUAUGGCCUAGAAGUCUUUGUUGGAAACAGGGGCAGGACACCCUGGAAUGGGGAUGUUACACCUGGAGUUCAGAUAAGUUUCUGAGAAUUCUUUUCUAGCACGGUCCCUUUUCAUUUAACCUUUUCAGAAGAUCUGGGCUUUCCCUUUUUCUCCUCCUUCUCCUUCUCCUCCUUCUCCUUCUCCUCCUUCUCCUUCUCCUCCUCCUCUUCCUCCU